AUGUUGGGUCGGAGGUUCGGGUUUCGGGUCGAGAAAAAGUUCUGGUUUCGUGUCGGGUUUUGGAAAAUUUUUCAUGCGGAUUUCGGGUCAAAAAAAGCCCGGAUUUCGAGUAACCCGGCCUAUUCCUGGUAUAGUUAUGAAAAUUUUAAAUCUUUUAUAAUAUUUUUAGGCUGUAAUAGAAUAUUUUUAGUAAAUGCAGAAAAUUCAUUCAACAAACCACGAAAUAAUUUUAAUUAUUUUUUAUAUUAUUUUGAAGUUAAAUGUAAAUUUGAAGGAAAAUUAGAAAAUAAAGAUGGAAGACGAUUGGUUAUUGGUCUCAAAAAUUUAAAUAAAAAUAGGGAUAUUUUUUAUUGUGCGAAUGAAUCUACAAUUUUUAUUGAGCGUAGUGACUCAGUUGAACUUGAAACAUAUUUUAAUAAUAACGAUAUUUUUGGUUGUGGAUUAGUCUAUCCUCCAAUUAAUAGAUUAGAUGAAUUUCCUUAUAUUUUCUUUACACAAAAUGGAAAACAAAUUGGUAAUAAAUUAAAAAAUAUUUUGGCACUUUUUUGGAUAAUUCGCCCCCCUCCCUCCCUAGUUUUGAGUAUCAGUUAG